UUUUUUUUUCCCCCAUCUUCCCCCCACCUCUCUACAAACCACAUCUUGACUCAUAUGGUCAAAAGAAAAAACUCUUUCAGUUACUUGAUAUUUGGGAAGUCUGCAGGAGACCACAACUUAUUUUUAAGGAAGCCUCCGUCUCUACUGUUGCUGGGAACACACAGACACACAGACACACAGACACACACAGGCACACGCACACACACAUACACACACACAGUUCUACACCAUGGUGGUUCAGGCUGCAGUGGCUCCGAAUAGGUCCCAAAGACUUUUACUGAAAAUACCUUAUGGAUCUCUGAGAAGACGCAGCGUGGAGAGGAUGACGGAGGGCCGCCGAUGCCAAGUACAUCUCCUUGAUGACCGGAAGCUGGAACUCCUAGUACAGCCCAAGCUUUUGGCGAAGGAGCUUCUAGAUCUAGUGGCAUCUCACUUCAACCUGAAGGAAAAGGAGUACUUUGGAAUAGCGUUCACAGAUGAGACGGGACACUUAAAUUGGCUUCAGCUGGAUCGAAGAGUAUUGGAGCAUGACUUCCCUAAAAAGUCAGGACCAGUGGUCUUAUACUUUUGUGUCAGGUUCUAUAUAGAAAGCAUUUCAUACCUGAAGGAUAAUGCCACCAUCGAGCUCUUCUUCCUGAAUGCUAAGUCCUGUAUCUACAAGGAGCUUAUAGAUGUUGACAGUGAAGUGGUGUUUGAAUUAGCUUCCUACAUUUUACAGGAGGCAAAGGGAGAUUUUUCCAGCAAUGAAGUGGUGAGGAGUGACUUGAAGAAGCUGCCAGCUCUUCCCACCCAAGCCCUGAAGGAGCACCCUUCCCUGGCCUACUGUGAAGACAGAGUCAUCGAGCACUACAAGAAACUGAAUGGCCAGACAAGAGGUCAAGCAAUUGUGAACUACAUGAGCAUCGUGGAAUCUCUCCCAACCUACGGGGUUCAUUAUUAUGCAGUGAAGGACAAGCAGGGAAUACCUUGGUGGCUGGGGCUGAGCUACAAAGGAAUCUUCCAGUAUGACUACCAUGAUAAAGUGAAGCCAAGGAAGAUAUUCCAAUGGAGACAGUUGGAAAACCUGUAUUUCAGAGAAAAGAAGUUUUCAGUGGAAGUUCAUGACCCACGCAGGGCUUCGGUGACAAGGAGGACAUUUGGACACAGCGGCAUUGCAGUGCACACGUGGUAUGCGUGCCCAGCAUUAAUCAAGUCUAUUUGGGCUAUGGCCAUUAGCCAACACCAGUUCUAUCUGGACAGAAAGCAGAGUAAGUCCAAGAUCCAUGCUGCGAGAAGUCUGAGUGAGAUUGCUAUUGACCUGACUGAGACUGGCACGCUGAAGACCUCCAAGCUGGCCAACAUGGGGAGCAAAGGAAAGAUUAUCAGCGGCAGCAGCGGGAGUCUCCUGUCGUCAGGCUCUCAGGAAUCGGAUAGCUCGCAGUCAGCCAAGAAAGACAUGUUGGCCGCCUUGAAAUCCAGGCAGGAAGCUCUGGAGGAAACGCUGCGCCAGCGGCUGGAGGAGCUGAAGAAACUCUGUCUCCGAGAAGCCGAGCUCACAGGCAAACUACCAGUUGAAUAUCCCCUGGAUCCAGGGGAGGAACCACCCAUUGUCCGGAGAAGAAUAGGGACUGCCUUCAAACUAGAUGAACAGAAAAUCUUGCCCAAAGGAGAGGAAGCUGAGCUGGAACGCCUGGAAAGAGAGUUUGCCAUUCAAUCCCAGAUUACGGAGGCUGCCCGUCGCCUAGCCAGUGACCCCAACGUCAGCAAAAAACUGAAGAAACAAAGGAAAACCUCUUACCUGAAUGCACUGAAGAAGCUACAGGAGAUUGAAAAUGCAAUCAACGAGAACCGUGUCAAGUCUGGGAAGAAACCCACCCAGAGGGCUUCGCUGAUCAUAGAUGAUGGAAAUAUUGCCAGUGAAGAUAGUUCCCUCUCAGAUGCCCUUGUUCUUGAGGAUGAAGACUCUCAGGUUACCAGCACAAUAUCCCCCUUACAGUCUCCUCACAAGGGACUUCCUCCUAGACCACCAUCGCACAACAGGCCCCCUCCUCCCCAGUCCCUGGAGGGACUCAGGCAGAUGCACUAUCACCGGAACGACUAUGACAAGUCACCCAUAAAGCCCAAAAUGUGGAGUGAGUCCUCUUUGGAUGAGCCUUAUGAGAAGGUCAAGAAACGUUCCUCCCACGGUCAUUCCAGUAGCCACAAGCGUUUCCCCAGCACAGGAAGCUGUGCCGAAGCCGGAGGGGGAAGCAGCUCCUUACAGAACAGCCCCAUCCGAGGCCUCCCUCAUUGGAACUCCCAGUCCAGCAUGCCGUCCACACCAGACCUCCGGGUCCGGAGUCCCCACUAUGUCCAUUCCACUAGGUCGGUGGACAUCAGCCCCACCCGACUGCACAGCCUCGCACUGCACUUUAGGCACCGGAGCUCCAGCUUGGAGUCCCAGGGCAAGCUCCUGGGCUCCGAGAACGACACGGGGAGCCCCGACUUCUACACCCCAAGGACUCGUAGCAGCAACGGCUCAGACCCCAUGGAUGACUGUUCGUCUUGCACCAGCCACUCCAGCUCGGAGCACUACUACCCCGCCCAGAUGAACCCCAACUACUCCACGCUGGCCGAGGACUCGCCGUCCAAGGCCCGCGAGCGGCAGCGGCAGCGGCACAAGUCGGCGGGCAACCUGGUGUCGUCGAACUCGGGGAGCAUGCCCAACCUGGCGGCGCGCAACGGCGCGGGCCCGCACGGCGUCUACCUGCACAGCCAGAGCCAGCCGAGCUCGCAGUACCGCAUCAAGGAGUACCCGCUGUACAUCGAGGGCAGCGCCACGCCCGUGGUGGUGCGCAGCCUGGAGAACGACCAGGAGGGCCACUACAGCGUGAAGGCGCAGUUCAAGACCUCCAACUCCUACACGGCGGGCGGCAUGUUCAAGGAGAGCUGGCACGGCGACGAGGGCGACGCCCUGCGGCUGACGCCCUCACGCUCGCAGAUCAUCCGGACUCCGUCGCUGGGCCGCGAGGGCGCCCACGACAAGGGGCGGGCCGCCGUCUCCGACGAGCUGCGGCAGUGGUACCAGCGCUCCACGGCCUCGCACAAGGAGCACAGCCGCCUGUCGCACACCAGCUCCACCUCCUCGGACAGCGGCUCCCAGUACAGCACCUCGUCCCAGAGCACCUUCGUGGCGCACUCCAGGGUCACCAGGAUGCCCCAGAUGUGCAAGGCCACGUCAGCUGCCUUACCUCAAAGCCAGAGAAGCUCAACACCGUCCAGUGAAAUUGGAGCGACCCCCCCAAGCAGUCCCCACCACAUCCUAACCUGGCAGACUGGGAGCUACAGUGACAGCUGUUUCCUGGAUUCUUCCCUCUAUCCAGAACUAGCUGACAUCCAGUGGUACGGGCAGGAAAAAGCCAAGCCCGGGACCCUCGUGUGAGCCAGCUCGGCCUCAGUCUGACCGCCUCAACGCCAUUCUGAGAUCACCUCACUGCCUCUCAUUUGCCUUACCCAGACACACUGUCACCCUGCACCAGCUUCGGCCCUCAGCACUUUCUUUCUCCCGUCUCCGCAUCCCCUUACCCUCCAAAACCUGACUGAGGAGACAUUCUGGAAGGUUCCGGUCCCACUGUGUGUCCCCUGGCUCUCUUGCCCACAGAGAGCCAGACACCAAUCCUCAAUGGCACCUUGGUGGCUUCCCCCUGCCAUGACAGCCCCCCAGGCCAGGAACCCUCAAGGAAGCUGGCUGCCCUCCAGUUCCUGUGGAUGAGUGGAUGGGUAUAGAACAGGAAAGGGAAAUUAAGUACAGGGUGAUCCAGAAAGACCUCUAGGCCAACCAAGCAUUUCAUGAAGAGGAGGCCUGUGGGGGGUGUUCAGUUUAUACCUGAAACAUUCCUUAAUGAAAUGGCUUGGGAGGGGGAGUGGGUAUUGAGAGGGGGGAGAAUGAAAAAGAAAGCUUAACACUUCAGAGAUGCAUCGGGGGAUCACAAUCAGUUUAAUGCUGCCAAAGAUUAAAAAAUAAAUAAAACACAAAAAAGUAAGAGGGGCCAAGAGGAAGGCAUUCUUUCUGCAAUGAAAUUUCUUUUAAAUACUAAACUGCUACUUCAUACCACAAGUGAAAGUCAACCGUGUGUAAACUGUUUCCUCUCCUCAUCCUUCUCCCUUAACGUUCCCCUUCUCUCUCAGUACAGAGCCUGAACAGCUAACCCAAUGGGAUGGUAAAGAUGAGGGAGUCUUGGCUGGCAUUGCUGACUCAGAAGAGCCACCAACCUGGACACGAAGGAAAACAGACCCCUGGGGAUUAGCCGAAUGUACUCUUAGCCCUGGUCUGUCCAGGUGGUUCAGCCCAAGCCCAAGACACAAAGCUGCUUUCCUUUUGGGAUUUGUAGUAAACUUGAGGUGACGAUUGCCAAAAGUAGUUCUCUAUCAUGACAACAACCAGUAAAAGUGUAUCCUAUUUUUUUGCACAACGUGUUUCAUUUUAUUUUUUACGGGAGACCAAGGGAAAAAGCACAUUGCGAUCCAUUCUAGUGUUUUAACUGUCGUGGCCCAUUUUAUGUUUGUUAGCACUUGUGUGACAAAGAGCUCAGAUCUGACUUCUCUCGGCACCCGGUGACCAGUUUGUCACUUAUUCAAAGAACCCAACUACGCUCUUAAGCAGUAAGACUUUACUCAUGUGUCUCCUAGCUAGCAGGCAGAGCAGGGUUGAAAAAAAUACCAGCUCCCAGAGGGCUUAUAUACCUAAAACAUUGUCAGUUACCUUGAUGCAUCACAUUUGUCUGCAGAUACCAAAAGAGGAAGAAAGAAGAAAAAAAAAAAAAAAAAGUGGGAGCUGCACGUUUACAUGUGUUUUGAGCUACAUGCUUAAUACACAACUAGAAAGCCAUCAAUCUUCAAAGGCCUCAAAAAUACUUUUAUAAUGACUACCAAGUGCACAAUCUUAGUUGGGUUAUUCAAGAUGGCACAAAACAAGGUCUCCACAGAGGUGUUAUGCUGUGCUUGUUGGCGCAAGUCGGGGGGAGGGAGGGGGUGGGUAUUUUUCACUUGUAAUGACUUCCUAUUAAAAAAAGCAUUCAACAGCCAGGGACAGGAGCAAGGGUCAGGGCAAUUUUGUGGAAAACCAGAACUGAAGUUAGCUUUAGCGUUAAAAAAAAAAAAAAAAAACUUUGUUUUUUUAUGUAUGUU